AUGCCGACCUCCCAGUCCGCGCUCGGGAAGCCGGGCGAGUAUCGUCAGUACUUGCCCGAUCUGAACAUUCCUCGAUUCCAGAUUAUGUGUACGCAAGAUGCACAUGAGUAUGCACAUGCUUUCAAAACGGGGAAGCAGCCGCCGUGGCUGCACGCGCUGUACAUGCAUUGGCUCGAGCUGUUGAAGGAGCCCUUCAAGGGCAUUACUACGGACGGCCGUAUCCGCCACGAUCUCUUCCCCAUACAAGACGAACAAGUCCCAAUUCAACACAUUGUAGACACAACGCAGGUGUUACUACGUCUCCUAGACGACACCCAAAAAGAAGCCAUAACCUACCACAUCGACUCGCCUCAAUGGCGCACCUGGUCCAACCCCGAAUUCCUCCUAAGCCACAAGGGCGUGCGUCUCGACGAACUCAACGACACCACCCGGGACGCCGUGCUAAACAUCCUCAAAGCCACCCUCUCCCCAGAAGGCUACGACAAAGCCCUCAGCGCAAUGCGCAUAAACCACUUCCUCGGCGAACUGGUCAAGUCGCCCCGGGUGAUGAACCAGUACUCGUAUAACUUCGUUCUCUUCGGCACGCCCUCCACCACCCGACCCUGGGGCUGGUCGUUCUACGGCCACCAUCUGUGCCUGAACGUCUUCCUGUAUCAGGGCCAGAUCAUCGCGUCGCCGUGGUUCACGGGCGCUGAGCCAAACGAAAUCGAUUCCGGGCCGUGGUCUGGAACCCGCAUCCUGCAAGUGGAGGAGACGCUGGGGCUCGAGCUCAUGCAGUCGCUGUCGGCGGAGCUGCAGUCCAAGGCGCGGGUCUUCGCGCAGAUGAAGGAUCCGGCUAUGCCGCCGGGGCGCUGGAAUAAGGAUGACCAGCGCCACCUAUGCGGGGCAUACCGGGAUAACAGGGAGGUUCCGUACGAGGGUGUACUAGCGUCGACUUUCAAUGAGGCGCAGAAAACGCUUUUGUAUGGAGUCGUGGAGCAGUACCUGCUGUAUCUACCGGCGCGGUCGCGGGAGUUGAAGCUGGAGCAGGUGCGCGGCUGGGAAACUGAGACUUAUUUCAGUUGGAUUGGAGGGUAUGCGGAUGAGGAUCCGUUCUAUUUCCGUAUUCAAAGUCCGGUCAUUCUCAUUGAGUUUGACCAUCACUCUGGGGUGUUCUUGAAUAAUGAGGAGCCUAAGAAGUUCCAUAUUCAUACUUUGCUGCGGACACCGAAUGCGGGUGACUAUGGCCAUGCGCUGCGCAGCCAAAUCCCAAGUGUGGAAGGUCUAAAUGGGAAGGAGAUUGUAUGGUAG